AUGACGACGACCUACCUGGCCAAGGCGCACAACUACAACUUUGCCCUCGAAAAGUACAUGCUCCUGCAGGAGCAGCACGAGGAGCUCUCCCACCAUCUGCAGCGGAUCCGUCCCCACCCGCCGUCCGUGACCGUCGUCUCGACCCGCUCCUCGAGCCUCUCCUCCCAGACGAGCACCUCGACCUCGCCCGCGCUGCACUCGCUUCGCGGUGACCGUCCACGCCAGAGACGCGCCCGCGCCGGCCCUCGGAACGACGGCCGCCGCAGCCUCGACCUCGACACCAUCGUCGACGAGGACACGCUCCAUCAGAUCUCGGCCGAGGAGAAGCGCCUCUCCGACGUCAACGAGAGCAUCAAGCGAGCCCUCACCGAGCUGCUCAACUGCGACGCCGUCCGCAGCAACAACUCGAUGCGCAUGUGGGCCCAGGCGAGGCUGAUGGAGACGGAAAAGGAGCUCCGCACCGGCCGCCGGAGAAAAGGCGCGGCUCCGGGGGGGGAAUGA